AUGAGCGCUGAGGCUAGCAUUGAUCUCUCUGAUUCUAGAGAUAGAGAGUGUAGGAUUUGUCGCUUGGGUUUGGAGAGUGACAGCCAUGUAUAUGGGGUUCCAAUUGAAUUGGGUUGUUCUUGCAAGGAUGAUCUUGCUGUGGCUCACAAACUCUGUGCUGAAAACUGGUUCAGGAGUAGAGGAAAGAGGACCUGCGAAAUCUGUCAUUCUGUGGCACGGAAUGUUUUUGCAACAAAUGAGGAGACAGCCGAGAAUUUAAGGGACAGCUACAGCGUCAUCACAGUAUCCACAACUCAGCCACAGAAUCCCCCAAGCUUUUGGCUGGAUCGUCAUUUCCUGGAAUUUUGUAUAUUUAUCAUAUUUUUCAUCACAUUUGUCAUCGCAUGUGUGUUCGCAGGCUUAUUUGGCUAG